AUGGCUGAAGGAGAUGGAGUUAGCAUCAGCAGCAGCAACAAGAAGAAAGCGAUCACUGUGGAGCUGCAGAUUGAUGGUCCACUUGAUGACGAGGAUGACUAUGGUGACGUGGCCAUCGAUGACAUUGAACAGCUGGAUAAGAACACUGCUCACAAAAACAUUGCCAAUGAUUUGAAGCAGCAGCAACCAAAACAGACAGCUGAAAAGAAAGUCGCCUGUCCUGAGCCCGGAUGCGGUAAACUUCUCACCAGUGGAAAUCUCAAGCGUCACAUGCGAACGCACAACAAUACCAAACCAUUUGGCUGCAACUAUUCUGGCUGUUCGUUAGAGUUUAAUCAGCGCGAAAACGCCAUCCGACACAUUGUCAAUGUGCAUCUUAAGAAGAAACCUAACAAUGCUGAAGAGGGUGGAAAUGAGGUAGCAGAUGAUCCACCCGAUCCAUCGACCUAUCUCACCGUGAAAGAGGAGUUGCUUUAA